AUGUCGCUCCUGGAAUACUGCCGGAAGGUCGUCCACGUGAAAACGCCCCAUGAAAAUGUCCAACACUGCUGCAAAAUUUGCCCCUACUUUACAACAUUGUCUUUUCUAAUGGUAAACCACCUGAAAAGUCACCAUUCUUCACUACACCAUUUCAACUGUGAAACCUCAACCGUUGAAGUUUUCAGCUGCAAGGAUUGCGAUUUCCAGACAGAACUGACGCUUCUUUUCAGACAACACCUUCGAGAACAUCACUCUGAACCAGAAUUAAGUGAAAAAUUCACAAUUCAAAAGUACGUUUGUGAAAAAUGCGGCUUUGAGACACAUUUUUCAGUAAAGUGGUUUCAACAUAGUAUUGGUUGCUCAAAGAAUAGGGAAAUUGAUGAACCAUUUAAUUUGAAUGAGGUGGACGAAAAUGGCCUUAUGUGGUAUCAUUGUGACCAGUGCAAGUUCAAAUGUACUUGGGACAAUUUGUUACAAAAACACAAGCUGAGGAUGCAUUUUAGUUAUAUUGAAGGCCUUUGGCACCACUGCGUGAAAUGUGCAUAUAAAAGUAAAACCCAGUCUACUCUAAACAGGCACAUAAAAGUACUACAUUUGGAAGGAGAGGAUAUUAAAUGGUAUAAAUGUGAACAGUGUUCAUAUAAAGCUAAAAUUCGGUACGCUUUAAACAGACACAUCAAAGCAAAGCAUGUAGAUGAAAAGGAUAUUAAAUGGUAUGAAUGCCAAGCUUGUUCAUAUAAAGCCAAAAAGAACUGUGAUUUAAAAAGACAUAUAAAUUCCUUGCAUUUGGACGAAAAGGAUAUCAAUUGGUAUGAGUGUCAACUGUGUCCAUUUAAAGCUAAAAAGCACUAUAUUUUGAAGAAACAUACAAGUUAUAAGCAUUUUAAUGAACAGGAUAGUAAGUGGUAUGAAUGCAAAAAGUGUUUGUACAAAAGUAUGUACUUGUUGAAUUUAAAAAACCACGUGAAAGAGGUCCAUCUAAAUGAGUAA